AUGUCUGUAACUACACCAACUAAUUACAGCUUUAGUGUUGACCUUAGUUCUACAUCUGGCGCGGAUGAGCUUUUCAUUAAGCACAGUAUUCCCGAGCUUAGGGCUCUCGAGAAGAGAACAAGGUCCGAUAUCGAGAAAAAGAAGCAAGAGUUGCGACUUAUGGUCGGCGAAAGAUAUCGUGACUUGAUAGAUGCAGCUGACAGCAUAGUUAAUAUGCGUAAGUGUGCUUUGUCAAUUCAAGAAGAAUUGCAUCAUAUGCAAGAUUCUUGUGAUGUUCAUGCCUUGAAAAGAUCGGUUCGAGCUCAAGUUAAUGAGGACAACAAAGGUACAAAAGAUGAGAAGAAACACCAUCUGUAUUCGUCGGCUGCACAAAUCAAAUUACUGGUAGACGUUCCCGAGCAGAUUUGGAGAUCCUUAGAGAGUCAUAAGUAUUUGAAUGCAAGUCGGCUAUAUCUCAUCGCCAAGUUGGUCUAUAAGAAUCUUCAAGCUCAUAAUGAUAAUUCACCAUUUAAUGUUUCAGUAACUUUUCCUGUUGUUCAAAGACAAUGGGAUGCUGUCAGUCAUUUUAAGUCACAGAUUCUCCAAAAAGCAAUUCAAUAUUUAAAGAUAACUGAUCAAUCUGAACAGAGUUUAGCAGAAACGCUGUGUGCGAUAAUGUUGUUGGAUGACGUAACUAAAAAGGAUGUAUUUCAGUCGUGUCUAGACAGAAGAACUUCAGUGUUGUUGCAACUUCUUGAAAAAUCAACCACAAAAGAUGUGAAAUUUUUAACAGAACAAUUUAAGGAUAUGAUUCAUAUUAUUCGAAGUACUGUUUUCCAUGUAGGAUUAGUAUUUAUAAGGACAGGAGAUGAUCUUUCAUUAUUUGAAUCCUACCUUCAUCAGCUGCAACAAGGAUUUUCUGUUCAGGAAGAUAAUUUACAGACACCAUCCACAUUAAUCUCGCCGCGCGAAUCGAAGGUUUCGCUUACACGUUUAUAUUCUCCUACGGCUAAUAUUCAUCUCCUGAUGCGUUAUUUACCAGGAUCCAUUCAGACCUUUACACCAUUUCUUCAUAUGUCAGGGCCUCGUGGGAACUUUACACAGGACGACAUUCGUGAACGGAUGAAUGGAUGGUUUAACUAUAUCGUGCAGUCAUUUCAAGAAAAACUUGGAGUGAUUCUAUCAAAAGUUGUACAUGCUCGAGAUUUAAAUGAGUUAAGGAAGAAUAUAUGGGAUAUUUUGAAAGAGGAUGAAAGUUCCAAAGAAGAAGAAAAAUCAGCAGUCAACAAUCAUCCAAGCAAAGUUCAUAGAACUAGUUUGGGUUUCAUAUUAAACAUUCAAAGAACUGCUUGGUCUUGGUCUUUUGCUUGUAACCUUGUGUUUAAUAAAUCGUUUUCAAUUUGGCAUGAUUUGUUAAGGCAAGGUUUUAAUAAAAGAUUUCAAGAUAUCAUUAAAUUGUCAUUCGAAGAGUUAUCAAAACAACCUGGGAAGUUGCUUAGAAAUAGAUUAUAUAAAUUAGAUAAUCCCAAUAAUGAAGAAAACGUUGCAUCAAUAUUUAAACAAAGGAUCGAAUGUCUUGUAUCAGCACAAACAUCUUAUGUUAAUGAUGCAAAAAUGGCUUUUGAAAAUAAUUUGAGAGAUAUUCGAGAUGAUAUGGAACCUGUCUUUGCAUUGAUUAAUAAUCGUACAGAUGAAUUAUUUUAUGACAAAUUUCAUGGAAAGUCAUUUGAAGUUUAUAGCGAUACUGAGGAAUUGUCUGAAUUUUUCCAAGAAACUUUAAUGAAUUCCAUCACAUCUUAUCGUAAUCAGCUUAAAAGCUUGAUCGAAGAAAUCGAUACAUUUGAACAAACGCAGGAAAAAAAAACAAUUCCAGAAAAUAAUGCAAAACGGUUGCUUAUUGGAAGAAUUUCACAAACGAUUGCUUAUGAAUCUGCGGUACUUCCAUCACUUUUACAACCAACUACGGGACGUGAUAAGCAAAACGAUUUUAAUUCUCGUCUUUCUUCGGCUCCAGAUCCGCGUUUAGUAAAUUUACGCCAAUUAUUAAUGGAUGUUUAUUUUUUGGCACAUAAAUCUUGGAUGCAAUGGAUCACAAAUAAUGCCAAAGAAGUUGUGUCUGAAAUGUUAAUCAAGUCGCCUUGGAAUGAGGAAAAUAUUCAAACUUUGGUAACUAUGCAAGAUAAAGCUAAUUCCAGUGAUAGCGAAGGCGAAAAAAUUAAUUUGCCCUCACAACCCUCAAAUAAACUUAUGAAAUGUUUGUUUGAUAUAUGUCAAGAGUUAAAUAGAGUUGGUAGUCCAACUUUACAUGAAAACAUCAUCAAGGAACUUUUUACAACAUUAUCCUUGAAUAUCUUUGAAAAGUAUAAAGCUUUUACAUCAGAUACAGAAAAUUUUGUAAAAGUGACUGAAAAAGGAGCAAUACAAAUAUUAUUUGAUGCUAAAUUUUUAAGAAAAGAGGAAAUGUUCAACCAAUUAUUAAAAGCCAUAAAACAAAAGAUUGAUCCCAUUGAUUUGGUCGUGUUUGAACCAUAUUUGAAUAAGAAUGUUGAAAGACAUUAUACAAGAAGUUCAAUUAUGUUAGGCCUAUUAUUUCAACUAAACCCAAAAAUUACAGACAUGAGGCGCAAAGGUGUUGCGUUACAGGAUUAUCAUAACAUAAUGGCAAUAGUGCCACAAGCCGCUAGGUUUACUUUGUUACCAAUUAGUCAUAGGUCUAACAAAAAAACCAAAAUAUAA